AUGUCUUCCCUGAGCGCACACUCUUAUAAAGAGGCCCACUCAACGGACUCGAUCCCCAUUGGUAAAAUCCAAACAUCGGGCGAAGGAAACGAGUUUGUCGUCAUUGGCAAGAAUCGUUACUAUAGGCACGAGUUAAUGGAAGCCUUUGGAGGCACCUUAAAUCCCGGUUUGGCUCCCUAUCCAAAACACCAAUUUGCAAACCCCUCCCCAUUGGGGCUCUGCGGGUUCGCAUUGACUACGUUCUGUCUUUCUAUGUACAACGCUCAGGCUAUGGGCAUUGAGGUGCCUAAUGUUGUGGUUGGCUUGGCCUGUUUCUACGGUGGGUUUGCCCAGUUCUGCGCUGGUAUCUGGGAAGGAGUUAUUGGCAACACUUUUGCCCUUUGUGCUCUUACUAGUUACGGUGCGUUCUGGUUAUCUUAUGCUGCUAUCCAGGUUCCCGCUUUUGGUAUCGGUGAGGCCUACACCGGCACCGACCAGUUACACCUGGCUGUUGGUUUCUUCCUUAUGGGAUGGACUCUUUUUACUUUUAUGCUUUUCUUGUGCACUCUUAAGUCCACGGUUGCAUUUUCGUCGUUAUUCUUCUUUUUGACCUUGACAUUCCUCAUGUUGUGUAUCGGUGACUUUACCUCGAAGGUCGGUUGCACUCGUGCUGGAGGUGUCCUCGGUGUCAUCACCGCGUUCAUUGCCUUUUACAACGCUUUCGCUGGUGUGGCCAACAAGCAGAACUCUUACUUUGGCGUCAAGGUGCUCCCCUUGACCAGAAACAAAUAA